AUGGCCCUCUGCUGCUGCCCACCUUGCUGUGAGCCAUGCUGCUGCAAGACCACCUGCUGCAAGACCACCUGUUGCCAGCCCUGCUGCUGUGAAUCCAGCAGCCCUGAGUCCAACUGCUGUCAGCCUUGCUGUCCCCCAUGUUGCUGUAGCAUACCCUGCUGCCAGCCCUGCUGCUGUGUGCCUGCCUGCUGCCAGCCUUGCUGCUGUGUGCCCACCUGCUGCCAGCCCUGCUGCUGUGCCCCCAGCUGCUGUCAGCCCUGCUGCUGUGCCCCCAGCUGCUGUCAGCCCUGCUGCUGUGCCCCCAGCUGCUGUCAGCCCUGCUGCUGUGUGCCCACCUGCUGCCAGCCCUGCUGCUGUGCCCCCAGCUGCUGUCAGCCCUGCUGCUGUGCCCCCAGCUGCUGCCAGCCCUGCUGCUGUGCCCCCAGCUGCUGCCAGCCCUGCUGCUGUGUGCCCAGCUGCUGCCAGCCCUGCUGCUGUGUGCCCAGCUGCUGCCAGCCCUGCUGCUGUGUGCCCAGUUGCUGCCAGCCCUGCUGCUGUGUGCCCAGUUGCUGCCAGCCCUGCUGCUGUGUGCCGAGCUGCUGCCGCCCACCUUGCUGUGAGCCAUGCUGCUGCAAGACCACCUGCUGCAAGACCACCUGCUGCAAGACCACCUGUUGCCAGCCCUGCUGCUGUGAAUCCAGCUGCCCUGAGUCCAUCUGCUGUCAGCCUUGCUGUCCCCCAUGUUGCUGCAGCAUACCAUGCUGCCAGCCCUGCUGCUGCCAGCCCUGCUGCUGCAUGCCCACCUGCUGCCAGCCCUGCUGCUGCAUGCCCACCUGCUGCCAGCCCUGCUGCUGCAUGCCCACAUGCUGCCAGCCCUGCUGCUGUGUGCUCACCUGCUGUGUGCCCACCUGCUGUGUGCCCACCUGCUGUGAUACCACCUGCUGCAAGGCCACCUGUUGCAAGCCAACCUGUGUGACCAUCAGCUGCAGCAUACCCUGCUGCCAACUCUGCUGCUGCUGA